AAGGGAAAAUGAAACGGUCAAGUAAGGAGAGCUUUGGCCCAACUCACGUAAACAGGAAAAGGGUUGUGGCUGAUUUGACAGGAAAACUCAGCUACGGAGUAGGAUAAAUAAAAAGGAGUCAGGAAGAGAUUGGGGUUAUUCCUCGGCAGACCUCAGAGACAUUGGACUCGGAGCAGGACCAAGCGGACCAAGAGCCUAAGACAAGAGUUGGAGAUUUGAACAGCAGACAACUAGAGACUUCUUCAGAGUUUUCUUCAGUGGACUUCAAGAGAUUGAGCCACAGUGGACAACCACAACAACCAAACCAAGUUUCUACAAGAUUCUACAGAUCCACAGAAGAGGGAAAGAUCUCCUUGGCCAAGACGACUACUUCUCUUCCCUUUCUCUCCAAAAAGAAGACAUCUAAAUCACUCAAGCUCAGCUAUUAUAAUCAGAUUUAGAAUUUUAAACAUUUUAUCAUUUUACUUAGUAUCAAUCAGAGAGCUGUCGUUAACGGGUGUGGCUGGGGUGAUAUUUGGCUCUAGGGCCAAUUCAGAGUAAGCAGGGCAGGCGUUCGGAAGAAGACCCUUAGAAGCUAGGCGAAUCUCUUCGACAGCAGCUUAAACAGUCCUCAGUUAUACCUAAUAGGGUAAUACCCACAGGCCUAGAGGAUCGGGCCCUUUAAGACGGAGAGCUGGUCCAGUACCUCCUGAACAGGGGUAACUCGGGAUCUAACAUCAUGCUGUGGGACACCAUUCUUUGGGUUCCUGGGAGAGGACUCACUUCUCACUCACAAUGACUCACUUGACAAAAGUUCAACCAAGAUCACAAAUAAACAACCUCACGCAGACGUCAGAAAUCACGUGACACCUUCCCCGCUCCCUCGGCAGUGCGGGUCCACUGUAAAAAGAAAAGGAAGAAGCAUUCAGUCUGGUCAUCACCUUCAUCAUCUCUGCUUCUAAAUAUCUGACCUAACCUGAAAACGAUCGAGAGAUUAUCACUGUAGAUCACCGUAGGCGGUCCGCUGUCAACAGAAACUACAGAGAAGAAAGAAUAAGUCAGUCAUGGUCGCUUUAAAAUGGCCGCCAUUCGUGGCUUUGUUCGCAUGUUCAUGGAUCGUUGUUCUGUGUCAAGAGACACAGGAGGUGAAGGUGAAGCCUGGAGAGGACGCCACUCUUCCCUGUCGGGGUCACAGAGGUGCUGACAUAGAAGUUAUAAAGUGGAUCAGAACUGACCUGAAGCCAGAUGAAUAUGUCUUCUUCUUCAGAGACGGCAGCUCAGAUGAAAACUACCAGCAUGAAUCUUAUCGUGGUCGAGUGGAGCUGAGAGAUCCAGAGAUGAAGAACGGAGACGCUUCUGUGAUUCUGAAGAACGUCAACAUCAACGACGCUGGAACAUAUGAGUGUCGGGUUAGAGAGGAAAAGGAGAAAGGCCAAGCUAAACUGAUCAGCACCGUCAUGCUGACAGUGACAGAGCCAGGUCACACAGCUGGACACAAGGAGGGAGGAGACAAGGAGGGAGGAGACAAGGAGGGAAAUGUUGGACUGAGUGUCGGUCUGCCAGUUGGUGUGAUUCUUGUUGUUGUUGUUGUUGUUGUUUUUAGAAAGAAGAUCUUUGGAAUAUGUAGAGGUGCAAUGACAAUAAUUCAGACCUGCUCCUGAAAAUGAGCCGAUGCAGGAAGCAGAGCCAGCAGAUGGGAAUUAGUGAGUAAAUGUGUCUCAUGUGUCUCCCAUGAAAUAAAUCCAGAAGUAUCUAAAAGGUGGAGGCAGAUGUGACUGACUGUAGCUGGAUCAUCAGCUGUGACUGUUUUCCAGCUGCAGUCAGAUCAUCAACAUGUUUUUAAAUGAUUUCAAGUCUUUUUAUGAAGCUGCUAUAAACAGACAUGAACUGCAGAACCUGCAGAGAGAUUAAGAGACCAGAGGCAGCAGAUGAGAAUUAGUGAGGAUCCAGACUGAAGUCACUCUGGUUACUGUGGGGAGCAGUGAUUGGUCGUUACUCUCUGGCUGCUGAUUGGUGGACUGAACGUGCUGCUGGACAGAAGAAACACAUUCCUCCUGUAAAAUAAACCUGAGCUGUUGACACACGUCUGAUUUCACCUGGAGGCAGGUUAAUGCCAGAUGGGCUGACUGACCAGCAGCUCUGUGGGACAAACAAUAUGACCUGAUGCUGGAACAGCUGAUUGUUAAUUACAGGAAGUGGUACAGACCGUCGGCACCAUUGUGUCCCUGAGCAAGACACUUAACCCCUCGUUGCUCCAGAGGCGUGCGACCUCUGACAUGUAUAGCAAUUGUAAGUCGCUUUGGUUAAAAGCGUCAGCUAAAUGAAUAAAUGUAAAUGUUCCACCUACGUGUCUUUA